GAAUUUAGAUUUACAUUAUUUUCAGAGAUUUUGCAAUAGCACAUCUACCAAAAUCCCAUUUUUUUUCUCUUUUUUUAAUUUAUUUUUUACCAGAUACAAUCUGGCCUGUCAUCGACUGGAGACCCUUCUACAAAACAUAGACUUGCCGCCGCUUAACAGCGCUAACAACGCUCAGUACUUCUUACGGAAACCAGACAAGGUGGUGGAGGAGGACCAGCGUGUUUUUUCAGCUUACCAGGAUUGCAUACAGCUACAGCUGCAACUGAACCUGGCUCACCACGCCGUGCAGCGACUACGUGUGUCGCUGGGCGCCAGCCGCAAGUCACUACUCACAGCCAGCGGUCCAGAGGCCCAGGAGCUGGUUCUCGGCUCAUCCACAGAGCAGCUGAGGACCAUCAUUCGAUACCUGCUGGACACGUUGCUUAGCCUGCUGCACUCCAACAAUGGUCACUCGGUGCCCUCAGUUCUCCAGAAUAUCUUCCAUGCGCAGGCCUGUGAGGAGCUCUUCAAGCAUCUAUGUAUCAGUGGGACACCCAAGAUUCGCCUUCACGCUGGCCUUCUGCUAGUUCAGCUCUGUGGAGGCGAACGCUGGUGGGGCCAGUUCCUCUCAAAUGUCCUGCAGGAGCUGUACAACUCAGAGCAACUGCUUAUAUUUCCUCAGGACAGGUGAGUGAUUUUUGGAGUCCGUACAACUACAGGACAUCACAUAAAUAUUUACUGCAGAACUAACUUUAAUCUGUCAGACCAAGACAA